AUUACAUAGCACUAUUUUCUUUCGAGAUGUAAACAAUAGAAACUUAUAGUAUACAUUAACAAUUAUAUAUCUUUCAUGAUUUAAACAUAUGUAUAUACGUAAAUAUAUAUGUAUACGAAUAUAAAUUCACGAUGGACUGACUUAUAAUUAUUAGUCAAGUCUAACUAAAUGUCAAAAAUUAAAGAAUGGAUGUUCCGGAUAAUAAUGACGAAGGUUUAGACCCUCGUAUACAGAUUGAAUUAGAGAAUUUAAAUGAUGCAACUGAUGAUAUAAACAAACUUGAAUCUGAAUUGGAUGAAGCGCACACUGCUUUUAGACAACUUUUAUCUGAAACUACAAAAAGAUUGAAAGAAAUAUUAAAUAAAGUGGGAAGUAGUUAUGUAGAAAGGGCCAGAUGUUAUUAUGAAGCUCUUGAAAUAGCACGUCAGGCUCAGAUAAAAUGCCAGCAACAAGCUCAGUUGUUUCAAAGAGCAAGCGAAAUUCAUGCUGCAGCAAAAGAAACUGUAGCCUUAGCCGAAAGUAGAUUUAUAUCUCAUCAACAUGAGUGGAAUUUUGAUCAAGCAUGGCAAGAUAUGUUAAAUCAUGCAACUCUGAAAGUAAUGGAUGCUGAAAAUCAAAAAGCAGAAUGUGGUCGAGAACAUUACAGAAGAGCAGUAUUAUUUCAUGAUGCUGAAAAAAGAUUGCUACAAUUAGAAGAAAAACAUCGUCGUGCUAUAAUAAAAGCAAGACCAUAUUUUGAAGUAAAAGCUCAAUGUGAUCAAAUGUUAGCAACACAAAAGGAAAGAGUUGAAUGUUUACAGAAAGCAAUACAAGAUGCAAAAACUAAUUAUGCUACAAGUCUGCGUCAAUUAGAAGAAAUUAGUAAUCAGAUACACCAACAACGCAAAGAUUAUGAUUUUAUAGCUAAUGGACCUAGAGAACCUGGUGUAGGUGCAGAAUUAGUUAGUCCACAAAAGACUUCAAAUUAUGAUCUGGAAUUUAAUCAGUUAAAUGAUGAUAGAAUAAAAGACAACGCAAAUGAUCAACUUAAUAAAUUUAAUAAAGUACAAGAUUGUCAUAAUAAUUAUGAUUUACAAGAAGAUAGCGAACAUCUUGGAAAAAGAUCAGUUGAUGGAAGUGAAGCGACAUCUCAGUGGGAAUUAGAACUAGAAAGUAAUCUGGAAAAUCUCAAUAGUUUAUCUUUGGAGGAUUCUAUAAAUGAUCCUGAUAGUAGGAAUGAAAAUAAAUUUAAUUUACAUUUUUAUAAUGAAAAAUUUACAAAAUCAAGUAACUUUUUACAAAAAUUAAGUUACAGUUUUUUGAAAAGCAAAGAACAUUCUGUAUAUAAUUUAGAUCAACUUAAAAAGUUGUCAAAGAAUUUCCAAACUUUUAAAAAUGCAUCUGUAAGUAAAUCUUUAAGGACGCAUCUUGAAGAAUUGAAUACAGUACAGAAUAAAAUUUGUGAUUCAAGUACAAAAGUACGUACUCUCAGUUCAAGUUCACAGUCUCCUGAGAAAGGAGAAAAUCGAAGUAUAAUAAAAUACGUGCCAAAUACAGUUUUCAAGUUUGGCUUUAGUAAUAAAAAAUCUCAAAGCAAUAGUGAUAUUAAUUUACCUUCGAAUUUUGAUACUAAUUCUACAGAAAAAUAUCAAAGUUUGGAUAAUAUUGUAGCUGAUAAGACUGAUAAUUUUGAAUCUGAUAAAAAACGUACAAACCUAAACCACACUAUAAUAAAUGAAACUUGUAAAAAUGGCCUAAACAUACAUUGUACGCGAUUAAGUAAUGAUAACACGACAAACUCAGAAUCGACAAGAAAAUGGUUUAGGUCUAAAUCUUCGCAAUUUUUAUUUUCUAAUACUAGCACGUCACCAAUAAAAGUAGAAUAUGUAGACAGAUUAUCCAGCGAAAACUCGCUGAAUAAACAGAUAGUUGAUAAUAGUUAUAAAGCUUGCGCAGCUAAAAAAUUAACAAACAGUUCAUUGAAUAUCAGAGAGUUACCAUUAUUAUCAGUGUUUGAGAAAUCAAAUAUAUUGCUAAACAGUAAAAACAAAAGCCAUAGCAUGAUUAAUUUAGGUGAUAGUCAAAAUUUUAAGUCGUUAGAUGAUUUGUACUUGUGUAAUUUAAAAACUGCUAGUAUAGAGAAAAUGAUAAAUUUAAAAGAUAAUCAUUUUCAAAGAUUCCAAGGCAAGAAAUAAAUAGUUACAGUAAAAUGAGACAAUUUAAUUGUGUUAUAAGCAUGAUAUGUUGCAAAAGAUAUUAAAUAAAUGGAUUUUGAUAUUUGA